GUGACUUCUUGUAAGAGUCAAAUGGGGGGAAAGUGAAAGAGGAAACGACAGAAACAAAUCUUCGGUGGAGUCGGUGAAUGUGACACUCAGCCUCUCACUGCGCGUCGAGGGCUCAACGACAGAAGCAGUCCGUCGACGGUGAGCUAAAACCAAAAUGACGACUCAGGAGGAGAAAAGAUACGACCCCAAAGACACCACUCUGAAGUUCGUCAACAGACCAGAUGACCUGGAUCCACUACCUCCAGGGGAGGGAGACCAGUGUCUCCGGGCAGAGAUGUCCUGCGGUCAUGCCGUCACCCCAGAGUCUCUCACUGGCUGGUGCCGCAGUCUGCUGGAUCAGGGCCAGUACAAAUUUAAGUGCCCUGCUUUGAAGGGAGGCACCUUGAAGAAGUGUGAUGCUGUGUGGUCUUAUCGAGAGGUCCGCAGACUGGCAGUGCUGACACCCGAAGAGAUGCAGCACUUUGAGGAGAACAUGGCACGUCUGGCUGCAGCAGAGUACUGUGAAUUUAAAACAUGUCCCGGGUGUAACACCUGUGUGGAGCGAAAGGACCUGAGUAACCUCAGCGUUCAGUGCACACUCUGCACAGCGGACAAGGGGAAACGUUACGACUUCUGCUGGCAGUGUCUGAAGACAUGGAAGGGUCCAGCGCCUCGCUCCGACCGCUGCAACAACGACGGCUGCAUCAACAACGACAUCGAGCUCCUCAAGAACUGCAGGACCACCGACCUCCCUCAGGUGCAGGGGGUUGAUGCGUGUCCUUCUAUCCGGGCCUGUCCCACCUGCGGCCAGAAGGUGGAGCACGACAAAACGGGCUGCAAGAACAUCAUCUGUCCUCGCUGCCAAGUCGAGUUCUGCUUCGUGUGCCUGAAGCUCACCCCCGAGUGCCUGAAGACGAGCUCCUACUUCAUCCCCUGCAGUGAUGGUGUAGCUCCCAGACAAACCUCCAUACCUGUGUGGCACAGAAACUAAGACCUCGUGCGCUCAUAGUCACUGCUCAUAUUGUAGCUCACAGCAUGAUGUUAUUUCCUGCCUGGAUUUUAUUCUAAGAUUCUAUUUGCAACUGACGCUCAAUGUCUAAAUAUUUAUUUGUUAGUUAAAAUUGUGAGCAUUAAACAUAUCUGCGAUGUUGUAAAAGGCACAAUUGUAAUGCUUCUACUGAAAGUUAAAAAUCCCUGUUCGUGGUUCAUUAUUGACAACUCCGUCACUUAAUAAAGUUUACCCUUUACAAUA